AUGUCAUCCAGCACAUUCUCCAUUUAUAUUUUAAUCAGCUUACAUUUCUCUACUUGUCUGACCACUUCCGAUCCCAACCUCUACGGCAAUACGAGCAAACCAUUAGACAAUGAUACUCCAGAAACAACGAUCUUUAACCAUCCUUCACAUCCAAAUUAUCAACCCACCAAUGAGAAUGGCAUUCAUCUGACGGCUGAGGAUUUCCAAAACGCUUUCACAAUCGAUGAUAUUCAUGUCAAUACCCCACUGGAUUGGGUGGCACCACGUCACGCAGCUAAUUUAUUCGAAGGCGAUAUCUCUGGUGUUCAAUCAAUUCAAGAGCUACGCAACGCAAUCGUAGGUCGCAAUUAUCGCUGGCCGAACGCCGUUAUUCCCUACAUCAUAGGAACUCCUUUCACAAUGGAGGAGCGUAGUGUCAUAGCCAGGGCUCUGAUGGAAUACCACAACAAGACUUGCAUUCGAUUCGUUCCUAGGACAAUUCAGCCGGACUACAUUGUUUUCAAAACAACAGGAUCCGGAUGUAACAGCAACGUAGGUCGAACGGGAGGUGCUCAAACAGUGUCGUUGGAUCAAGGAUGCGUCCACGUUGGUCUCAUCAUUCACGAGCUGAUGCACGCAGCCGGCUUCUAUCACGAACAAGCACGUACCGACAGAGAUGACUAUGUCGUCAUCAAUUGGGCCAACAUCCAAGACGGUAUGCAACGAAACUUUGACCAACUCGGACCUAACGAAAUUGAACUGUUGGGAACCCGUUACGACACAGGUUCUGUCAUGCACUACGAUCAAUUCGCUUUUGCCAAGGAUCGCAAAAUCCCAACCAUUUACUCAAAAACAGGCAGCAACCUCGGUAACACUCAGGGCUUCAGCCAGAACGAUAUUGCAAAACUGAACAUCAUGUAUCAAUGCCGCUCUGAAGAAGUAACAACUACGGCUAGAACUAUUACCCCAACCACUCAAAGGACAACUACCCCAAUUAUUCAAAGGACGACAACAGCUAGGCCCACCACAUCCGAGGUAACAACUGUAACUAACGGAACAACUACUGUCACGACAACUGGAAUGCCCCCCACCGAGACUACAACGUCCAAAGAGCCAAUCGGUCCUGAAUGUGUCGAUGCAAUGGGUGGAUGUGUCGUGUGGGCUGGUGACGGUUUCUGCAACCACAGUGUUGAUUUGAUGACAGCCUUUUGCAGAAAAACCUGUGGACUUUGCACUGACACAGACGUACGGUGCGUCGACAACACUCCAAUCUGCGUUCAAUUUGCAAACAUGGGCCAAUGCAAUCAGGAGUUCUUGGUUACCAACUGCCAGAAAUCUUGCAAUGCCUGCAACAAACCUUGA